AUGAACUCUAAGAGCGGGGUUUCCUAGGCGCCAGUAUAGAUAUGAAAGAACAGUACUAUGGAAGACUUCAGAUAUAUUGCGGAUGAGACCUUUCCUAGUAUUUUGGCAAACUCGCUAACUAGUCACACGAGUGAAAUUUUCGAUAAUAUCACUAUCUCAUCAAACUUUGGUCUGCCAGUUGCUUCUUCAACAGAAGCCAGAAGAAAAACUGGCUCUCAUGACAGAUUUUGUGAUCAGCCUUCUUAUGUGGAAAGGAAAUUCUCGGCUCCGUUAGCAUCUUCAUGCAGUGGGGAAUCAGAUUCUGAUCCAAGAAGAAAGCUUAUACUUAACUUGCAGGAUACUGUGGAAAACUGUAACAAAGUUACAGAAACUCACUUGGAGUCGGACCAGAAUGAAUCUAAUUUUUUGCAGAGAAGACAACAUCUAAACUGCACUGAUGAAUGCUCAGGUAACAACCAGGAUAUUCUUCAUGAGAGGCUUUCACUUGAACAUGUGGAAGGUUUGAAAACUAGAAUAUUUGCUUCGUUGGAAAAGGGGAGUGAAGACCACAAGGCAGCUUCAUUAGAACCUAGUCAGAAGUGCAUCGCAAGUGAACUACGUGACCAUGGUGCAAUUGGCUUUUCGAGAUUUAUAGAAAAUGAAAAACUACUGAGCUUUGCAAGCCUAGAAGGACAUUCUACAGAUGAAGAUAUUGCAGAUGAAGAGUUCUGUGAUGAGCAGUUGGAAGCCUAUUUUGAGCAGCUGGUACUGCCAGAAAUGGAAGAUAUGGAAGAAUAUGAACUUGGUGACUAUAUUAAAGGCAUGGAAUUGCCUCUAGAUCAGGAAAAAUUCCAGAUACCUAGUAUUUGCCGAGCAACAGCAAGAACUGAUUCUCAUGAUCCUAGUGACGAAGAAUCAUAUGAUUUUAAGGAAGCUGGGCACAAUGUCAGAGAUGAACAAUUCAUACUGCCGAUGACUAGGCAAGAGGAAGAUAAAUGCAGUAAACAUAGUCUUAAAACUGGGCACAGCAGUAGUUGUGAUAAGUCUCCUGUUGGAAUAGUAGGUGAUCCAUCUGAAGUAUGCAGUACAACAACAGCUUUUCAACACACUGCUUCAGUUGCAGAAGGGGUUUUUGCCUGUGGUGAGGAAGAUGGAAUGCCCUUAAAGAUUAAUACAGUCAGCAAUAGCAGAAACGAAAGCAAAGGACCCAUUGAAAAUCAGACCCCAGACAUGUCUUAUAAUAAGAAGGAUGAAACAAACUUAACCAACGCUGAACUAAAGCUAGAUUCACUCUACUUUAAGCGUAUUGAUGAUGCUGAUGCGUCUGAGACUUGGCACACAGAACAGCAAAGCCAAUUUUCUCAACUGUGUCAAGUUGCUAAUGAAAGUCAUGUUCCUCUGGCUGAUGUGUACCUAUCCCCAGGUGCUUACAAAGGAUCUGAGCAAUAUCAGUAUACAACAGAAGAAGACCCACCACAUAAUGUUGUAUAUCAGAAUGAAGAGGGAAGGUGGGUGACAGAUCUUGCAUACUACACGUCAUUUAAUAAAGAACAGGUAUUCAGUCUCUCAGACAUCAGUGGAGAUUUCUUAACUGGAUCUGAUGCAAUUGCUAUGAUUGCCCAGGAUCAAGAAGAAUUUGAGAGGGAGCACAAAUUUAUGCAAGAAGAGAAAAUGGACCCACAAAAUACCUCUGGAUUAGGAGAUUUAUCAUGGAAAUCAGUUAAUAACUACAACCCUCUAAGAGCCUCACAAACUGACUUUAGCAAAGAUGCUAGUUAUUUACGGCUCUCUCUGGGAGAGUUCUUUGGCCAGAGAUCUGAGGCUCUUGGCUGCCUAGGAGGAGGUGGUGAUGUCAAACGGCCAUCUUUUGGUUAUCAUAUUACUUCUCCAGAGAAGAGACAGCCUGUACCUUUGUUGACGGAAUCUGAUGUAUCUGAUGAACAAUUUGCAAAUUUGCAAAUUUCUGACAUGCUUCAAGACGACAGUCUUAAGGAAGAAUCUCACACUGCAUCUACUACUUUUACUCUUGGUGAAGUAGACACACAAACCAUAGAGAAUAGAAGUGAGAAACUUGAAGAAAGAAAAGUUGAAAGUGAGCACCAUGAUCUAGAGCCUUCUGUUCUGAGUAUAAGCACAAUUGCAUCUGCUAUUGCAAAUGCUUCUGUUAGUGCUGAACCCUCACAACUAGCUGCUUUGAUGAUGAAACUUUCAAAUAAAAACACAGAGAGAACUAAUAUUCCAGAAGCUGACAAACUCACCAACUUUUCUGUCAUCAAUCAGCUAAUAUCCAGCAAUGUUGAAAAUAGCACAUUUGAUAUAGAAAAAUAUCUCAGAAAAACUGAUGAAGUUGGGAGCAACAGUGAGCCUGAAAGCAUAGUUAAACAUGAAGACACUGCCACAGAUUGGCACCAAUUUUUGUACAAACAGGAAUGUGAAACUAUUAGCCCAGAGGACCUGUCCAAAAGCAAUUUCUAUAUCCAGUAUGGAAAAGAGAAGCAGCAUCUGGAAAAAAUAUAUGAAGAAAACUGUUCCAGCAAUUCAACUUGUGAUACCAGUUCUUCUGAGCAGAAAAAGGAAAUGGAAUAUGUUGAAGCAAUAUCUGAUAUAGAUGAAUAUUUACAGUCAAAGACACAGACUACUGCUAGACCAGAUUCAAAACAGAGGUCAUCUGAAAGUGCUAAAACAUCUUUGGAGGGUAAUGUAACAACGUUUCCCACUUACUCUAAAUUGGAAAGAAGAGCUAGCAAGAGCACUCUGCCCUUUAAUUCAAAAUCUAUUCCAGUACUGGUUUCCCCUCUUCCUGUGCGUCCUGAAAAAGUUACACACCAAGUUAAAGACCUGGAUAAGCAAGAUGGAAAAACUCUGAAAGUGAAUACUACAUGCAGCAAUGGAAAGCAUGUGACCUUUGAAAACACAUCCCUUGAUAAUCAGGAAAUUUCUGGCAAUUUUGAAUGUACAGGAGAAGGUGUUGUAGUAACUGGACAGAAGCUUGCAACUCCUGUGCCUGGUAUACAGAUGUCAGAUGAUGAACAAUACAGCUUCAGACCUUCAACCUCUCCUCUUAUUCAUUCAUCUCCAAGUGAAGUUUCUGGAACUUCUCUUUCAGGAUCCGAUUGUCCUUGUACAACAUCAAAUUUUAAGGAGUCCCCUUGCAAUGAUUCUACACUACCUCAGUCAGUAUAUUCUGAUCCUAGCUUGGAACGGUUGACCUUUGUUUCUGCCACUGAAAAUACCCUUAGAAAUCUAGCUUUGACUACUCCAGGGAGAUAUCAGAGCAAUCGUGUCAGUGAGUUGAGCACAACAAUCGUUUGGACCAGUCCAACUUCAAUAUUGGAACAGGAAACUGGAAAAUACAUUGCUUUGCAAAAUAGCCAACAUCCAUCACUAAGCACUAAUGGAAGAAACCAAGCUAAGAAGCAAGAAGUAAACGAAUCAGCAGAUCCUGCCAGUCAACCUGAGAAUCAAAAAUCAACUGGACAGCUUCCUCCAAAAAGUGAAGACCAGGCUGCACAGAAGUGUCCAAAUAAUAAUGAACUGGGACAGGUUGAUACACCUGUAAUACAGCAUGAUUAUAUAGAUGCAGCACAUGGACUAGGCUUAUCCUCUCUAAAAAAUGUGCUGCCUUCUAACAGUUUAGAUGGCUGUAUUUCAGUAAAUCAAAACAGAGCACAUUUGAAAUCCAAUGGUACUGCUUCACAGAUUCCAGAGAUAACUCCUGCAUUUCCAACAUUGCUAACAAGCUGUUCUCUUAGAAACACUCCAUUUGCCCAGCAGUAUCUGGGAAGCUUGUCAUCUCACAAAAACAUUGCUUUGCCUCAGUAUCAUGUUGGUUAUCCUCCAGUUUUUGGUGUUCCAUCAGGACUGAUCUAUUCUACCAUCCCUGUGGGUCAUAUUCAAAACUCGCUGACUGCAGGAAUAACACUAGGGCCAGAUGUUGGGCCUGUUAUGCUGGGCACCACUCGACAUUGCAAUUUCACAUCCAACCAGAAUAUCUUCACUAGUUCAUCACAUACAGGGCAAGCGACUGAUGCUGAUGGACCUCGACAGUGGGGGGAAUCUGUGCCAUUUGGCUUUGCACAUGUGAAAGUCCCUGAGGAAGUAAAGUUCCCUAAUGCUUGUUGUGUGGGGUUCACAGCACACGCAGUCCUUAGUAUUCUUAAUCCAUCUGAGCGGUGGCUACAAGUCAGCAUUAACCUUCUUAGUAUUAUGCUUGAUGGUGUAAAGAUGGAAAUUCCAAAGCACAGAUGUCUGCUGUUUAAGAACAAAACUGUCAUAGGACCUUGUACUACAGAAGAACUGAAAAUGCUGUUUUUGCCCUGUCAAGCGGGAGUCUUCCAGUGUGUACUUAGUGUUGCUUCUUGGCCAGUUGCUGCAGAUGCAGAUACAGUAGUCCAGGCAGAGGCUUUAGCUGCUAGGGUAAAUGUGAAUGCAGUUGCUGAAAAUCCUAAUAUAGAGGUGGAAUCAGGAAAUACAAACACCCUGGACUUUGGUGAUCUGCCAUCAGGCAGCUCUAAAGCUCUCCCACUGAAACUAACUAACAAGACUCGUGCUAGAGUGCCAAUCAGACUUGUUAUUCAGGCAAAUGCUGUAGCGUGGCGCUGUUUUACAUUUUCCAAGGAAGCAGUUAACUCUUCUGUUAAAAAUACACUCCCUACUUACAACAUCUCCCAGCUAGCAGCUCCUUCGGUGAUAUCACAUGUAAUGAAUGCAAGCUGUGAUGGGCAAGAUCCUGAAGUUCUAGUGGUUUGGGUCCAGUUCCAUGCACCAAACAAAUGCAUCUCUUCAGAUUCUUUGGGCCCAGCAGAUGAGUACUUUGCAAAAAUUGAUGUGGAAGUUGAUAGUCCAGAGCCUGGCAAUGUUUUAAGAAGUGUUCCUCUGAGUGCAAGAUCUGGAACUCCUAGGGUAUAUGCUCCAAAGGGCCUGCAGACGUUAUAUAUGUCUACAAAGAUGGGAUUAUCAACAAGGCAGCAAUUGCCAUUAAAGAAUGCUGGGAAUAUUAAAGUUUAUUUGAAGAUUAUGACACUAGAGCCAGAUAGCUGCAUUUAUGUCAAGCCUGAGGAUCUGGUCCUUACACCUGGGGAAGAACAAGAAGUGACAAUUGAAUUUUCUCCAAAAGACUCCAGAAAUAUGGAGAGUGUUGUGAAAAUACUGGUAUUGCCAUCUGGGCCAGAAUAUAAAGUGACUGUGAAAGGUGAAGUGUCUGCGGUGGAGAGCAAACCUGUGGUACAAAAAUGUCCCAAUCCAGACGUUCCUCCCAUUCUUGCCAACAAGCAACUUCUGUCAUGGGGAGGUGUACAACUUGGCAGAACAGUUCAACAGAAACUAAUUCUGAGAAAUGAUUCUCCAUCUACUACCCAACAAUUGCGAUUGCUGAUCAGAGGUCAAGAUCAGGACUGUUUUCAGUUGAAUCUUGGAGAACACGUUUACAAUAACUGCGAAAUAAAGAUCCGACCAAAACAUGAUUAUAGUCUUUGUCUAAUGUUUACACCAUCUCGCUUAGCUUGCAUGUUUGCAAAGCUCGAAAUGAAACAGCUUGGUCUUCUAUCGCAACUAGGAAUCAAGUUCACUAUACCGUUGUAUGGAUAUGGAGGGAAAAGCAAUCUGAGAUUAGAAUAUGUUAGAAGACAUGCUAACAGAUACACAGUGGAAUUGUUUGAGCCAUCACCCGGUAAACCAAGCAAGGCUUCUUUCUCAGUACAAAAUACAGGGUGUCGGGCUGCCUACGUGAAAGUACUGUGCUUUAAGAACUUCUGUGAACGAAUUGUUAUGGAUCCAAAUAUAAUGAUAAUUUCUCCAGAAAAGUUUGUCCUUAAGGAAAAUUCACGGCAGAAAGUUACAAUAACAUGCUACUCCACUGAAGAACAAAAUAAUUCAUCUAUGUUGUCUACAAUAUGCUUCUUCUAUGGGGAUGAAAUUUCAAGACAACAAUAUCGCAGAGCUAUGCAGCAUAAUCCAGAUCAUGCGCAAAAAAUACUUCCUGCCAAUAAUCCAGUGAUAAAUGUAAAGUUUGAUGAAGAAUUACCUGGGGAAGAGCUGGUGACAGAAGUUUAUGAUCUUCCACAACAGCCAAAUGAUCUUCAGUGUUUUUUCACAAACAUGCGAAGUAUUACUCUUUCUGCUGUUAAUGCCUCUACUAGUACUGGUUUUGAUGCCAAGUCGUCUUCAGUACAUCGUGUGGCAUUGCAGAGCCCUGGCAUUCCUGAGAAACCUAGUAUGACUCUGGAUGUACUACCUGUUAAAGGACCCCAUGAUGCAGUGUUCUCAAAUCCCAAUGACCUAGAUGAAAAUAAGCUUGUUCCUCAGGAUACUUGGACACUUCAGCCUGAAUUUCUGAUUCUUGCAGCUCCUUCUCAGAGUGGAACAACUGUUACUAGAUAUACACAAAUUACUAACAACUCAAACAGAUCAUUGAAAUUUGAGCUAUCGUGGCCUGCUCACUGUCUUACAAUAACACCUCAACUUGGAACUAUUGAACCAGGAAGCAGCAUUUCAAUUCAUGUGAGUCCAAAUCCUUCACUUGCAGAAAAUAAAUCCGUAUUUCCAUGGAAUGGCCUUAUUUACAUACAUUGUGAUGGUGGACAAAAACUUAUUAGAGUCCAAAUUCGGGAAAAUAUCUCUGAGAAGCAAUCUGGAAAGGGUUCAGCAGUUGCCAAAGUAGGUGCUCAUCAGCAGCAGCCUGAACUUCCUAUCAUUCACAUACGGCCACUUCAAAAAUCACCUUCAACAAAACUUGAAGUAAGGAAUCGAACUGUGUUUUUUCCUGAGACAAAAUCUGGUGAAAGUUCAGAGAAAUACCUAGAGAUUGAAAAUAAUGGAGAUGAAAAUGUGAAAUGGUUUUUGUCAUCUUUUGCACCGCCCUAUGUCAAGGAUGUUGAUGAAAGUGGGGAGGUUUACAGAGCCACAUACACUGCUUUCCGAUGUUCAUGUCUUUCUGGUACUCUUGAAGGUCGAGGGAAAGAAAAAGUUGUGGUCACCUUUUUGCCUAGAGAUAGAGGGCACUAUUCUCAGUUUUGGGAUCUUGAGUGUCACCCACUUCACCAUUCUCACCUGAAAGACAAACACAGACUUCAGUUUUGUGGAAUGGGCAUCCUAGAAAACAAAGCUUUAAAAAAUGAAGUUUCCUCAGCUGCCUUAGUAAAAAUCAGGGUUCGAGAUGUAUCCCAAAGAAGAGAUUUCCUUGACACUUUUGAUCACAAAAUUUGGAAAGGAGUAUUUGCCCAAGAAGACGUUUAUACAUUUCCUUCCAUUAGGAUUGGCGAAUCAAGCACAUUGAAAAUCGGCAUACGGAAUUAUUCUACCUCGUCAAACAGGCUGAAGUUUAGAAGUCCCAGAGAGCCUUUUUACAUCAAGCAUUCCCAUUAUACUUUGAGAUGUCAUCACUACUGCAACUUACCAGUCCAGUUCAAACCAAUGUCAUCAGGCAUUUUCAAAGGCGUACUGGUGGUAGAGACAGACAGAAGUGGUACUCUUACCAUUCAGCUCAUUGGUGAGGGUUUGACAGAACAGUGAUUAAGAGCUUCUAUUAACAGUGCAUGCUAAAUUUACAACUAAAUUAUUGAAUGACAAGUUCUUUUUUUUGGUACCCUAAAACUAUGUUUUAUAGAAAGCUGAGGUGUUCGUAAUUUUUAAUAAAAUAAUUUUGUAUGUUAUCAUGCAACCUACACUACUGCACUUUGGCUGUUGGAAGCUCCAAUGUGUCUUAUUUUUGUAUUGAUUAUGACUUUACA